UGUUUUUUUCUUCCUGAACCUCUCAAACAAAAAAAGUCAACAGACAUGGUGAAACGACCCGAUCGCCGCACGGAAAACACACAAUUACGCGCAUUUUCAGCAUCACAAAACUUACUAAAUCAAGCUGACGGUUCAGCAAAGUUCGAUCUAGGCGAGACAUCGGUCAUGGUCUCUGUUGUUGGUCCGGCCGAAGUGCAAUUACGCGACGAAAAGAUGGACGAAGCCACAGUAGAAGUCGUUGUUCGAUCUGCUGUAGGUGUGUCUACCACUACUGAGAAACUCCAAGAACAAUUAUUACGGACUGCAGUCGAGCCUGUCAUUUUGGGUGGCAUGAUGCCGCGUACCCUUGUCCAGAUCGUUGUUCAGAUUAUCAAGGACGAUGGAUCGGUGCUGGCAGCAGCGGUGAACGGGAUCACAUUGGCACUAUUGGAUGCAGGCAUCCCUAUGAAGUUUAUGACAGCUGCCAUGACAUGUAUGAUCGAUCGUGUUUCCAAAGAUAUCGUCAUGGACCCGACCAGUGAAGAAUUAGAGAACGCAUCUUCGGUCCAUAUGUUUGCAUUUGACAACCUCAACAAGACGCCUCAUGUCUUGUUAUCCGACUCAUCCGGUCAGUUUAGUCAGGAACAAUAUUUCGAAUGUCAUGACAGAUGCUAUGAAGCGGCAGAUAAGGUCCAAGGCUUCUUGCGCGUGGCUGUGGAAUCAAAAAAGCAGAAAGAAUAUCAGCAAACUGUAAAUGAAUAAAAUUUUAAUAACCAUGUAAAUAUCCUA